UUUUCAGCGAUUGAAUGUCUUUUUAUGACCACCUCUGCUUUAAUCCGUGACGUUGGACUUGGAACAGAUCAUUGGCUCUAGGCCACAACCAGGAGGCUAAUAUGGCGGACCUCUGCCACAGAAGGAAAACGCUGCUCUUCGCCAUUUUCUGCCUCACACUUUUGGGAUUCCUGCUCGUCCAGUUUGCCCGGCCAGCACUGUGGAACACAUUCCAGACACAGAUGGAGAAAAUGUCUCAGGAGCCAAAUUUGGCCAAAUCUGAGAAAAUGUCUCAGGAGCCAAAUUUGGCCAAAUCUGAGAAAAUGUCUCAGGAGCCAAAUUUGGCCAAAUCGGAGAAAAUGUCUCCGGAGCCAAAUUUGGCCAAAUCUGACGUUCCUGUGCAAUACACCAAUACAAGAAAUACAACUGUUUUAGUGUGGUACUGGGCCUUUGGACGUACUUGCGGCUACUGCCGACAGCACUUGCAGCCUAACGUGUGCCAAGAAAGGUAUGGCAUCCCGAACUGCAUUUUGUCAGAUGAUAGGUCCUUGUUCCCUCAGGCAGAUUACAUCAUUUUCCACAACCGAGAGCUAAUCGAAUACACCGAAAAGCUGCCUGAAAAAUUGUCCCGCCCACCUAAUCAGGCAUGGGUGUGGUUCUCCAGGGAAACCCCACCCCAUAAUGGAAACACCAGAUUCUUGGCUGGUAAAUUCAACUACACAUUGUUCUACCGACGUGACUCUGACUUUUUCAUGCCGUUUGGCUGGCUUGUGCCACGCAAAGACACAACUGGGAUAACGCUCGAUGAUGUCGUUCCGAAAGAAAAGACCCAUUUGGCGUGCUGGGUUGUUAGCAAUUUCCAGGCACAUCACGAGCGAACAAAGUUCUACAACAAACUGAAGCAGGUCAUGCCAGUGGAGGUGUGGGGGGGAGGAGUGAAUAGACGUUUGAGCGAUGACGACUUGCUGCCCACAUUAUCCCGAUGCUACUUCUACAUGUCCUUUGAGAACUCCAUCUUCCCGGACUACAUAUCGGAGAAGGUUUGGAUUAAUGCCUUUGAAGGGGGAGCAAUACCGGUCGUUUUAGGUCCACCCAGGAAGACCUACGAAGAAAUGUUGCCAAAAGAUUCCUUCAUUCACGUGAAUGACUUCAAGUCUGUCGGCGAGCUUGCAGAAUUCCUGAAGAACCUGUCCAAGGAUAAGGAACGCUAUGCCUCGUAUUUUAGAUGGAAACUGAACUACACUACACACAGCUUCGCUGGCAAGAAAGACUGGCUUGUGGAACCGUUUUGUCGAGUCUGCAUACAACAAAACACUUUACAAAGGCCCAAGGUUUAUCAGGACUUACAUGGUUGGCAAUGGAAAAGUUAGGCCCAAGGUUUAUCAGGACUUACAUGGUUGGCAAUGGAAAAGUUAGGCCCAAGGUUUAUCAGGACUUACAUGGUUGGCAAUGGAAAAGUUAGGCCCAAGGUUUAUCAGCUUUUACAUUAACAAAGAACUUCAGUUAAGGCUGUUCCAGACAGGGUUAAGUCAGGGAAGUAAUUAAUUUAGUGUGCAAAUGCAGGGAUUCUCAGGGCUUAUUGUUGGGGGUGCAAUAGUUAAAACCCGAUGUGUACAAUGUCUGAAAUGGGUGUAAAUGUGAAAUCCUCAUGCACGGAAGAAUAUAAUGAUUAUGGCUGUCGUUUGGUGGUUUUAUACUAAUUAAUUGUUGUCCAUCAAUGCAAAUGUAAUGUAAAUGUAAUGUUUGGUAAUACUGACUUAGGCAAUUGUGUAUUGUUUGAUUAAUGGGCAUUGUUAUAUAGUGUAUAUUGUAAAAUACAUUGAGUUUAGAAUUCAGUGUCUUGCCUGGUUUAAAAUGUAUGCCUGAUCCUGCUCUGGUUGCAAUGGAGGGUCAACUUCAGAAGCACAGAGUAUGUUUUUUUCUUUUAUUUUAUUUUGUCUUGUCUGACAUGUUUCAGUGAACUCUUUUGCCUUCAGUCACACUCAGGUGGUGAUUGUGAAAUGUUGCAGUUAUUUUAAGAAACAAAGAAAUAAUAAUUAAUAAAAAGUAUCGAGUCAAGUUGAAGAAGACAACACAGAAGUAAUUUUAGGUUGGAGGCCAAUUUUUGUAUAUAUAUAUAUAUAUAUUAUGCAGCAAAAAUAUAAAUAUAUAUUCAAACACACAUGCCAUCUUUACUCGUUACAAGAUAGCCAACUAUGGAAGAUUAAAGCCAGUUAUUUUAAGACUCCAGUUCCAGUUAUUUACUGUGACUAUAACGUUCCCUGUUCUCUUAUGUUUACAUUUUCAGUGGUUGUACUGUGUGAGUGUGUCUGUGUGUGUGCCCUAACAACCAAGAAGUUAAUUCAAUUUUCCACUAGGGCCCAAACUGGUAGUGGUGGAGAGGGGGGAGAAGACUUGUUCAGCAGGAAAUGAAAUGGAUAUUCUUAGGUGUGGACAAGUGGGUGUGCAUGAUAUUGGCUUACAAAGGCCACCAUGAGAACAGCCCUCAGGGUGAAAACCUUUAUCUAUAACCUCUGUGUGGGUCUAUGUGGAGGGACACGGCAUUUAUGAGGGACUAUGAAAUAUGCAAAAAUAUGCAAUAACUCAUUAUAAAUUCAAAAUGGCCGACACCAUAUGACGUCAUAAUAUGCAAAUUAGGUGGGAUAAUUUACUCCUAAAAUAAACUUUGGGUCAUCCUCAAUAUUUGUCUCAUUAAUUGUCAGGCUCUAUCUAUUACCUAUGCUUGCG